AUGAGCAAAGCCAUGCACAAGCAGCUUGCUUGGAGCACGGACAUUUGCCUGGCCUUGCUUCGCGAGGUUGUGCGCGUCGAGCCCUACGACUGCGAGUACGGCACAUUCAUUGCAAGAUGGAAAGUCAUCGCAGCUAGCCUGGCCACACUUUUCAAAUGCGAGAUUCCGUACCGGUCUGCACGAGACCAUUACGAGUCGAUGGUGGAGGCAUUCAAGUCGACUGACAAGGUGCAAUGAUUGACCUUGUGGACCGGUGAGCGGUGCCCGAAGAAUUGAAGAAGUCGAAGAAAGACAAGGAGCAAAGACGGCGCGACUCUCUGGAGUCCACAGGGUCCCAACUGUGUCUUGAAGCAGAGCAGUGGGUAGCCAAGCGUCAACGGUCCGUGAGUUCAGUGGCCACCAAAAGAGAAGAACAAGAUGCGGUGACACAGGAACUUCACGAAUUUGAGAAGAAAAAGCAUUCUGACGAUCAUUUGUAU